GCCACAUAUGUGAAGUAUUUCAUAUGUUCUUAGUUUGAGAAAAAUGAUCAUAGGUAAAGGAUUAUUUAUAGUCACAUAAUCGCAUGAUAAGGAUUCUGUGCCAUUUAAAAUAUCCAGUUGAGACUGAUUCCAGCUCUCAGUUGCCGCCCGUUACUACCUGCCAAAACCGGCCACUGAAGGUUGAGGCUGAAGUGAUUAUUUUGAUAAAUUUCAUUAAGAAAUUAAGAUUGAAGUUAUUCUGUAUUGCUGUUCAAUGUCUACAACUCGUUAGAUUUGCAAUGUCCCUAUCUCUAUUCACUUUCUUUGCAUUGGUAACAAUAACAUUUUUUGAGAUCAGUGUUUCCAGCACAUAUUGCCAAAAGAUCUCAAAUGAAACCCUUGUGAACGGCUCUUGUCCAUUGAACUUUGACAUCCUCAGGAAACUGUUCAAUGUCCCUGCAAGGCCCGCAUUUUCUGGCAUUACAGCACAGUGUCAAAACAUUCUUGAAGGAAUCCACUUGGUUCAAUCUGAGUAUCUCCAGAUGACUGAGUACUUUGUUCCCCCUCCUACCACUUCUGAGGCAUGCUGGGAGUCCUACCAGCAGUUAAUAGGUGAGUUUUUAAAUGAUUUUGAUAUCCAAACUUAUUGUGGAUACCAUGCAGAAUGGAUUUCAAAAACCUGCUUGAAUAUAACAUCUAUAGCACAGUUUGAGAGCCUUAUUCCUAACACCAAAUUGAAAAUUUUAAGAUAUUACUGUACUCAGUCUUUGGAUAAUAGUUUUGUUUGUGGAAUGUGUACUAGUAAGUUGCUUAGACUCAGGAAAAUUUACCUUGAUGACAUAGAUGACACAGCAGGGAAUGUCUCAGCUUGUUCAUGGUAUCCUAGUAUGUACACAGCUGCAUUUGUCAACCAGUUUGGUCCAACUGAUAGAGCAACUGCUAAGUGUUUGUUUUCCCUAGAAUUAGAACCAGAGAAACCGAGCAGUAAGCGACACCGAAGUAUAAUUGCAGCGGUCACAGUUGGUUCUGUCGUUGGUCUACUUGGGGCCUUUUCUGCAAUUUUGUUCCUCCUGAUGAGACGACACAAGAAAAAUAAAAAGGAGAAGAGCAGGCCUGUUAUGGAGAAGAAUGAGUCUGUUAAAGAUGAGACUAGUUUGGUAUUUGGAUUUGGACUGUAUAGUAGAAGCACUGGUCUAAUAAAGUUCAAAAUUAAGGAAAUAAAAAACGCAACAAUGAAUUUCUCCAGAAAUAAUAUUAUUGGAAUGGGAGGAUAUGGGAAUGUUUAUAAAGGGUUAUUACCGGAUGGAUCUGAAGUUGCUAUAAAAAGAUUCAAGAAUUGUUCUGUUGCUGGAGAAGAGAACUUUUUACAUGAAGUAGAAGUCAUUGCAAGUGUAAAACAUGUCAAUCUUGUGGCUUUAAGAGGAUUCUGUACUGCAAUAGGUCCUUCGGAAGGUCAUCAGAGAAUAAUUGUUUGUGAUUUGAUGCAUAAUGGAAGCCUUUACGAUCAUCUUUUCGGAUUGGGGAAGAAGAAACUUAGCUGGCCUAUUCGUCAGAAGAUUGCCCUUGGAACUGCAAGAGGUUUAGCUUACUUGCAUCAUGGUCUGCAUCCUGCUAUUAUUCACCGAGAUAUCAAAGCUAGUAACAUACUUCUGGAUGAGUCAUUUGAGCCGAAAGUUGCAGAUUUUGGCUUGGCAAAGAUCAAGUCAGAAGGAAUGACACAUUUAAGCACAAGGGUAGCUGGAACCCUAGGCUAUAUUGCUCCGGAAUAUGCCUUGUAUGGCAAGUUAACCGAAAAAAGUGAUGUUUACAGCUUUGGGGUUUUGCUUCUGGAGCUUUUGAGUGGCAAAACUGCACAUGCCAGCAACGAGGAAAAGAUUAUACGGCUUGCAGAUUGGGUUUGGGAGCUUGUGGAACAAGGGAGAGCAUUAGAUGUUAUUGAGCAAGGCAUGCCUGAGAUUGGAUUGCCACAAGUGAUGGAACAAUACGUUUUAAUUGCUGUUCUUUGCUGCCAUCCGAUAUUACAUGUUAGGCCAACAAUGGAUCAGAUUGUGAAAAUUUUGGAAACUGGUUUUUCAGCUCCUACAGUUCCAGGGCCACGCCUUGUUCCUUGUAACAUUGAGGUUAUCACUGUAUGACUCCUUGAAUAAAUUGUAUUUUUAUAUCUUGUAGAAAAAAUUAAGGAUUUCUCUGCAUAAAGGUUAAACCCGAGCAGAAAUUUCUUGAACAGCCAUGUAUUAUUAUUAUUUGUUUUUGCUAUGGCAUCAUAAAUUGGAAGGGCUUUAAUUCACAGCUUCAAUAAUGUUGUAAUUUCCUGAAUUUAUGAUCCUACAUUUAUCACGAUGAAUAUGACAAUUUAAGAGAUUAUGACUUGCUUCUGAUCUUGAUCCAUUAUU